AGUAUAACAUACAAGAUGUCUUCACCUACUGCAAGAAAAUUAAAAAGGAAAAGAAGAGGAAAAGAUUCCCAAGAUGGAAGAGAUUUUAAGUGCCAAUAUUGUCCAAAAGCUUAUCUCUCCCACCCAGCUUUAUAUUCUCACAUAAAGAACAAGCAUCCUGACAAAGAGCUAUCUUCUGCACCCACUGGUGAAGGUAAACGAAAAAGAAAGUCUAAGAAAAAGAGUGCGCGUAUCCCUCCACCACCCGAAAGUGAAGAUUUCUUCAAAAACCCAGAAUUAGCAGGCGGUCCAAUUGACCCUAUUUAUGGCUUUGAAGAAUCCCUAAUUUAUGUUUUCACUCAAUUGAGCAAGGACACUGAUAUUGAAUUCUCAACAUAUCCUUUGUAUAAAAGCUUACAGAAAUUAAGCUUUGAUAAGACCCCAGGAAAUCCUGAAGAAGAUAAGCAGGAAAGUGGAAAGGAGGAAGGAGAGAAGAAGCAGCCAGCCAAGGAUCCAGGGCUAAGUACGUACGAGGCUUUGAAGGAUGAAAAGCAUAACUACCUCAACUGUGAUGAUAUUUUUGCAGUGUACCUUAGACAUGUCUCUCAAAAAGUUAACGAGAGUAGCUACAAGGUUAUUCUUAUCUACAUUAUAUGCUACAGAGAAUGUGUAAAUCAAAUAGGCCCAACUUUUGAAGAGCCUGAGCCAGAGCCUGAAGGGAUAGCUUCCGGUGCAGAGGACACUAUCAACACUUCAAAUAAUGGGGAUGCACUAAACAAUGGUGAAAUAGAUUAUUCUCAGAUUGAAUUUUGCUCAGUGAAUAAUGCACAAAUGAUCCCACAGUUUACAAAUUAUUUUCUCACCGAUUUCUUAAUAAAUCAUCAAAUCAGUAUCGAAAAUGAGGUUGCUAUUAACCUGACUAGGAACUUUUGCCGUUGGCUAUAUGAUCAAGAUCUUACAGAAUUUACCCUGAGGAUGUGAACUCCAUAAUUUUUCAGUAACAAUCAUCUUGGGA